AUGGAGCACAGCCACAUCUUCCCCGUUUCCACCCCCAAUGAGAGCAGCUGGAGUGUGGGGCAGCAUGCCUUGGAGGUGGCCCCCGGGUGUCCCCUCGGACCACUGCCAGUCAUCUACUACAGCAUUUUGCUGUGUCUUGGCUUGCCCGUGGCUAACAUCCUGACGGUGGUCAUCCUGUCCCAGCUGGUGCUGCGUCGUCAGAAGUCGUCCUACAAUUAUCUGUUGGCGCUGGCAGCAGCCGAUAUUAUGGUCCUGCUGCUCAUUGUUUUUGUCGACUUCAUACUGGAGGACUUCAUUCUGGCCACGCCCCUUCCGCCAUCCAUUAACAGCGCCGUUCAGGUUCUGGAGUUCUGCUCCAUCCACACGUCCAUCUGGAUCACCGUUCCACUCACCGUCGACCGCUACAUCGCCGUUUGCCACCCGCUGCGCUACCACACUGUCUCCUACCCGGCGCGCACGCGAAGAGUCAUAUUCGCCGUUUACGUCGGGUGCCUGCUGUCGGCCGCACCGUAUUACUGGUGGCCCGAGCUGUGGCACGGCUCGAGCGGCUCUGAGAUCGACGGUCGAACCGCGGCUCAGCACGUCUUGGUGUGGGCCCACUGCGCCACCAUCUACCUCCUCCCGUGCGGCGUCUUCUUUACCCUCAACGCCGUCAUCGUACGCAAGCUUCGACGGCGCCGCAGCUGCUUCCGGAUGCGUGGCUACUCCACUGGCAAAACAACGGCCAUCUUGCUCGCCAUCACCUCCAUUUUUGCCGUGCUGUGGGCACCUCGCACCCUCAUGAUCCUUUACCACUUCUACUCGGAGCCUCCGGCCUCACCCACAGCCGGCCGCCUCCUUCACGUUCUUACGGACCUGGCCAAUAUGCUAGCGUUGCUCAACACCGGCGUCAACUUUUUCCUCUACUGCUUCAUUAGCAAGCGUUUCAGGGCCAUGGCAGCCAACGUGCUACACGCGCUAAUCCACUGCCGGAAGCAGCCACAGCCGUUUUACGCUAGUCACAAUUUCUCCAUCACAAGCAGUCCCUGGAUCUCGCCUGCCAACUCCCACUGUAUCAAAAUGUUGGUGUACCAGUACGACAAAAACGGGAAGCCUAUUUGUAUUUCCUCUUGA